AUGUCCGAGUUGGAGAUGUCCGCACCGCACCCUGUUCACUUGAACGCAGCUAAGUGCGCAGCUGACUUAAAGGGAGGAUUUGUGAGUGAGUCUGACUGGAGACAUGCACUGCAGGAGGAGGGAGGAGGAGAUGAACGACUGAAAGAAGAGGACAUGAGACAUGCACUGCAGGAGGAGGGAGGAGGAGAUGAACGACUGAAAGAAGAGGACAUGAGACAUGCACUGCAGGAUGAGGGAGGAGGAGAUGAACGACUGAAAGAAGAGGACAUGAGACAUGCACUGCAGGAGGAGGGAGGAGGAGAUGAACGACUGAAAGAAGAGGACAUGAGACAUGCACUGCAGGAUGAGGGAGGAGGAGAUGAACGACUGAAAGAAGAGGACAUGAGACAUGCACUGCAGGAUGAGGGAGGAGGAGGAGAUGAACGACUGAAAGAAGAGGACAUGAGACAUGCACUGCAGGAGGAGGGAGGAGGAGAUGAACGACUGAAAGAAGAGGACAUGAGACAUGCACUGCAGGAUGAGGGAGGAGGAGAUGAACGACUGAAAGAAGAGGACAUGAGACAUGCACUGCAGGAUGAGGGAGGAGGAGAUGAACGACUGAAAGAAGAGGACAUGAGACAUGCACUGCAGGAUGAGGGAGGAGGAGGAGAUGAACGACUGAAAGAAGAGGACAUGAGACAUGCACUGCAGGAUGAGGGAGGAGGAGAUGAACGACUGAAAGAAGAGGACAUGAGACAUGCACUGCAGGAGGAGGGAGGAGGAGAUGAACGACUGAAAGAAGAGGACAUGAGACAUGCACUGCAGGAUGAGGGAGGAGGAGAUGAACGACUGAAAGAAGAGGACAUGAGACAUGCACUGCAGGAGGAGGGAGGAGGAGAUGAACGACUGAAAGAAGAGGACAUGAGACAUGCACUGCAGGAGCAUCUGCUUCCUAUAAAUGCAGAACCCCUUAUGAGGGAUCUUGGACAAUGUGGUUUCCUGGUUGAGGGCAGUUUAUUGGUCAGAAAGUCUCAGGUUCACUCUGUGCCUGUACCGUACAAAUAUGUUGUAUUUAAGAGGAAAGAAAGAAAAUAUGUGUAUGAGUUUGUGGAUUCAACAUAUGACACCAACCGAUGUUUAUUUGUGAAACCUUACCUGAUCAGUAAAGAUGGGACCUGGCAUCAGUAUGACGACACCAUCUGGACAAUGUCUUCCGCGACCCAAGAAACCCCCAGGUCUGACCAAAACAGACUGAUGUCAGCCCGAAUAUUUGCAGGGAAGGUAAUGCUGGAGAACAUGUUGGAUCCUCUCAAAAGCUGGACUGACAUGAACUGGAAAAGCUUUGUGAUCCAGCUGCAUCAGUUCUUUGAUGUUUACGGGGAGCCGAUUGUGUUUAAGCAAAAACUGAAAAGACACUCCCUAAACUAUGGAAGAAAGGAUGUGGCAGAGAUGUUAAAGAAGUUCCUGUUGGAGAAAAUGGUCCCUCAGGCUGAAGAUGAAAACAUUGAGGACAUCCUGCAUCACAAAAGGAUGGCUGUGAUUCUGCUGUUUGUACGAAGACACAAGGAUUUCAAAAUCAAACUGAAUGAGGAUGAGUUCAAUGACCUCUGCUACGCAUUAACCCUGCCCAACCUGGACAAAGACCAUUUCCUCCAGUUCUGGACCCAGUUCUCUCAAGAUGUCCAUAUUGUCCAAAAAGUACCAGAAAUGUUGGAUUCACUGAUGAACACCAUGAAAAAAGGGAAGAUGCCCCAUUGGAUCCUGGUACUUCCUGUCCUCCACCUUCUCACUGGCACCACAAAGGCAUUUGAAACACCAAAUUCUGGGAUAUUGAAGUAUGGCCAAUCUUGGGCAGGUCUACAAAGCAUUGAAAAUCCUGCAUCCAUGAGUAAAGAACACAAGAAGGCUGUGCUGACUCUGAUGGAGAGUCACCGCCACUUGUGGGAGGUGGAUGCCUUUGCAGUGCGAUCCUGUUUGUUCCUGAUGUCUUUUGAGGAACUGAUGGACUGCUGGGUCGACAUGAAACCAGAGCUCCUGGACUUGUUUCAUGCUUUCACCAAUAAGGUUCCUGAGAACAUCAGCCACAGUCACGACAUGAUGAAGAAAAUAUCUGACAGUAUCUUACACAUGCAGAAGAAACUCAAAGAGGGAAAAAACAGUUUUACUGAAGAAUAUAGAAGAGAGUUUCUGAAAACAGCCGUGGAACUGUUGGAGAAGAUCUGCAAACAGGUCAAAGCUGCUAAAUCUAACCAGGACUACAUUCGACUUUCUGUAACCUGCAUGAAUCUGGUCGCAUUGGCCUCAGACUUUGUCGUAUAUAACGACCAACAGGAAACUCCAGACGAAGAGAGAAAGCAGCGCUAUCCAAGAGACAUGGUCGAUAAAGCUCUGGGAAUCAUGAGAACUUGGAUUUAUUGGUGUUUCACAGAUAAACACCUUGGAGAAAACCCAAUGGAGAUUGAAAUCUGGAACAAUGUCGUUUCCAUCAUCUUCAAAGAUGACGCUUGUACAAAAACAUGGAAGGAAAGGUUAAUCAAGGAUUUUGAGGGAAAGUUCAGAAAGGAGUCGGCUGAGCGUCAGAUUGAGUUCUACUGCUCAAUAAUAGAGGAACUUGAUGGUUUUGAUCCACAUGUUGGUUGCAGUAUCGAAAUAUGCGCCACUGAUGCUGUUACAUGUUUGUGCCAGAACAAAUCUGAAGGCAAAGUGUUUGAGAUGUUGAAAAAAGGUCAGUUCAAGAAAGCAAAGGAGACCCUGAAAAUACAUUCUAAGUUUGACAAACUCAUUGUGGCCAUUAUCGAGAAAUCCUGGCCAAAAGACCGUCAUGGGAAAUACCAGGAAGAUGAAGAAGUGAUCUUUCAGCACCUGCUCUCCUGGCCGCCCAUCACAGAUAUUCUCCAACUAUACGGAAUAAAUAUAUUUGAGAAGCUCUCUGAAGAUUCAAGUCACAGAAUGAAGAAAGCCGUGUCAUCAUUCAUGGUCGUUAACAAUCAGCUGAUCCGUGGAGACAUUAAGAUCAGCCUCCUCAAGUUCAUUUUGGGCAGAAGGAAGACCUUCCUUGAACUACUGAAAAUCGAUUUACUCUGUGAGAAAGAACAAUACAAAGAUGAGGACAAGAUGCAAAGUCUUCUAGAACACCGACACGAAGAAGUUAAAGCCGUUCACCAUCAGAAAGAACUGACUGACGUCUUCUUAGAAAAGACCAACGAGCUGAUGGAGUUUAUGACGGUUGAUGUUAUGAACAUGGAGGAAAGACGGAAGGACAACAUCGAGGUCAUGCCUUUAAACCAGUUCAUGAAGGUCCGUCCAUUUGACCAGCCGUCGUCUCGAAUACCUGCCGUCACCCACUUCAUUCUGGAAGAAGAAAUCCGAACCAUGGCAGAGGUUCUGUACAAGUUUAGAGACAGUGGGAUUUUCCAUUCGUGUUGUGAGAAACAAGCCAGACUCUUUGCUAGAAGCAAACUGAAAGACAACGCAAGUGAUGAACAAGUAGCGGACAUUAAGGCGACACCGAAGAUGAUUCACGAUGAGGUUUUAGUCAAAGGCUUUGACGAGUACAAAGACAUCUACAUUCGUCUAAAAACCGGCAGUUUAACAUUUGAGGAAGUCAACAAGCUGUUCAGGAUUUCCAAGCAGAAGUAUGAACAGCUAAAAGACGAACUGGACAUCAUGUGCGGAAUUGAUCCUUCGGCCGACAAACAGUGGAUCCACGGCCGGGUUGAGCAGAUUAAACAGUAUCAUGAGCUACAUUUAGCUUUGGCUUCAGCUGAAACCAUCACCAGGGUCAAAGAGAUGCUUGGUCUCCAAGGCGACUUCAGGGUUUUGGAGACACUCACUAAAGCAAAUCAUGAAGACUUUGUGAGAGAGCAGCUCAAUCGGAUUGACGAUGACCUGAUGCAAGCAAAGAUGGAUCUGGUGGAAAUAACUGAGCUUCGCAGAAACUGUCUGCAUGAGCUGAGCCUCCGAGGGGACUUUAUAAAAUGGCUGAAAGAUGCACUUAAAGAUAUCAACGAGCUGAAGGUAUUUGUUGACUUGGCUUCCAUCUCUGCGGGAGAGAAUGAUGAGGACAUACAUCGAGUCUCCUACUUCCACGAUGCAGUUCUGGGAUAUUCUUCACUGCUUUAUGAGCUUAAACCAGACUCUGAUUUCCACACUUUGAAGACAGCACUCCAUAAGCUCUGGGGAGCUUUACAGAAUGAUGGAAACUUACCGAAGAAACUGCGGGACAGUGCACGUCAUCUGGAAUGGUUGAAGACUGUAAAGGACAGUCAUGGAUCAGUGGAGAGGUCGUCUCUAUCGUUAGCAUCAGCCAUCAACGACAAGGGAAUCUACCUGAUCAGUGCACAAAGAGUUGAAAAGCUAAGCCUUGAUACCGUCCUGAAACUCCUGAUUCCUGAGGGACAUGAUGAUGGUCAGAUACGGAGUUAUUCCCUUGAGGACCUGCGGGAACUGCAGAACAAACUCAUGCUCAUGUCUGGGAAAGGCCAUCAGGGGAAAAAACAAGUUGAUCACUUUGUAGAGGUUUUUGAUGGUGCCCAGAGACUAGCUAAAGCAUUCAUUGUCCUAUACACAGCCGGGAAUCCUCUGUUCAGAUGCUGGGAAGCUCGGAUCAGAUGCUGCAUAAAUAGUAACAAACCCAGUAUUACAAUGGACUUCAACCUGGACGGUGGUCUGAGCGCUGUCACUGUGGAGGGCAGUGUAGACGAGCAGCUUCCUGAACUUUGCAGGAAAAUGGAGAAAUACCUGGAUGACUGGAUGAAUUUUGUGGAGGAUCAGAGAUCCCACCAUUACUAUCUAAAUUACUAUACGGCAGAACAGAUUGUCAACCUGUGUACCAACCUGUCUCAGCAAAAGUUGAUCAGUGUCAGUGAUCAGGUUCUCAUGUUGCUUUCUUUCAUUAAGCCCAACUGCACAGCUGCUGACCUGCUGGAAGCGCAGGAAGAGCUUAAGAUACUUGAAAUGGUGCCAGAAAAUGAGGUAGCCAGCUCAGAUUUUACCAAGGAAUUGGAUCCAUUGCCAGGUCACAUAGACCAGGCAAGUGGUUUACAAAAAUUUGAUCUGAUAUGGGACACUUACAUGAAAAACAUGGAGAGUUUUCUUCCACACAUUCUCGAUGUGCAAAUUCUUGGAAGACUGUUAGAAAAACUAGCAAACAAAGAAAAUAGCAAGGUUACAUACAUUCACAGAGAGCUACCUAAUGGUCUUGCAUUGGGAAAACCAAACCUUGUUGUUUGCCCACAUGAUGAAGUCCUAACAUCUUGCAUCUCAGUUUACAUGUGCAGUAAAAAUCAAACACUUCCUACGUACGAUGAGGUCCUCUUGUGCAACUCCACAACAUCAUAUGAACAGGUGGAACUUUUCCUCAGGCGCUGUCUUAGCAAAGGCAGCAGGGGACAGAAGAUAUACACUCUGCUAUAUGGGGAUCUGCUGACUUACGAUGUGAGUUCUAAAGUUGAGAAGUUUUUUCAAGUAAUGAAAAUGAGAAGCAGACAAGACUACAGGCUGGUCAUUAUCUGCAGCUCAGAGAGAGAACAUACAUACCUUCCAUCAGCCUUCAGCCAGUACAAACUGCACAUGGUACCUCAGGAGAAACUGGAGAGAAUCCAGACAUACUUGCACCAACACUAUGUAGUCCCAGAAACCCAACCGAGUGCUGCUGCUGCGUUCAAAGACCGGAAGCGUGUUGUUGUUGUCUCAUCCAAAAGGGCUGGGGUUGGUAAAUCCCUCUAUAUUAAGAGGUUGUAUGAGAAAUUGCAGGGCUCAACCACAUCCUCAGUGAUGAAAUGCAUUCGCUUGACUGAACCGAAGGUUGAUGAGAAUGUGAUUCUUCAGUCUCUCUUAUGUGACUCCAAUAAGGAAGAACUCACCAUGUUCCAUUUUGAUGUCACAUCAUCGGUGCAGAAAGGUCUUGAUGAAUUUCUGUUCAAAUUGCUGAUUCUGCGUUAUUUGAUGGACUCCGAGGGAAACGUGUGGAGGUGCAGUGACAAGCAGCUGUACAUCAUUGAGACUUUAGAGCAAACUGCAAAACCAUUAAAAAAUACCUCACAUCAGGCUCGAAGUGCAAAUAACUCAUUCACAGAUGUAUUCCCAAAUAUUUUCUGUCGACCACCUAAAGAGGUACUAGAGCUAGAGAUGAGUCCCUCUCUUGUUAAUAAUGAAGACCCACUCAUGGAUGACCAAGAAUUCAGGAGCACCGUCUUUCAACGACCAUACCAGUAUCUCACUCGAUUUCAGAAACAUGCCAAUCUGGACACGUUCAAAUAUGACAGUGAAAAACGUGCUGAAGGGUCACAUGUGGAAUGUCUCCAGAUGUUUCUGUUGUAUUGUGGAAUUCCAGACCCAUCCUGGGCAGAACUAAGACACUUUGCGUGGUUCCUAAACCUACAGCUCCAAGACUGUGAGAAUUCCGUUUUUUGUGAUGCCUCAUUGACUGGAGACGUCCUACGUGGAUUCAAAACCUUUGUGGUGGACUUCAUGAUUCUGAUGGCGAAAGACUUCGCCACUCCAUCGCUCUGCAUUUCUGACCAGAGUCCAGGAAAUCUACAGGUGGACCUAACUGGUGUCAAAGAUGAAGACUUGGCCCCUUUUCUUAUUAGGAAGAGGUGGGAAACAGAACCGCAUCCGUACAUCUUCUUCAAUGACGACCACGUGUCUAUGACCUUUAUUGGCUUCCAUCUUAAGGUCAAUAAAGGGAAUUCUGUUGACGCCAUUGAGCCCAUUUCUGGAAAGGUGAUAAGAAAGAAUGUCAUGAGCAUAGCAUUACACAGAGGUUUAAUGCAACAGAGGGUGCCUUUCAACAUUGACUUUGACCGUCUUCCAAGAAAAGAGAAAAUAGAGCAAAUCUGUAAUGUUCUUGGUAUCAAGUCUUCUUGUGACCCCGAUGAAACGUAUGAGCUGACAACUGACAACAUAUUGAAAAUGCUGGCAGUCCAUAUGCGGUUCAGGUGUGGCAUCCCCGUCAUCAUCAUGGGGGAGACGGGAUGUGGUAAGACAAGGCUCAUCAGAUUUCUUUGUGAGCUCCAGAGAAAUGGAAGACCAGCUCAGAACAUGCAACUUGUGAAGGUGCAUGGAGGGACAACUCCAAACAUUAUUUACACCAAAGUUAGAGAGGCAGAAAAAAAUGCCUCUGCAAACAAACAGGAGUAUAAAUUUGACACUGUUCUUUUCUUCGAUGAGGCCAACACCACUGAGGCCAUCAGCAGCAUUAAGGAAGUCCUCUGUGACCAGACAGUCAACGGGGAAAGUCUGACACCUGACUGUGGAUUGCAGAUUAUUGCAGCAUGUAACCCUUACCGCAAACACACUGAGGAGAUGAUCAAGAGGCUGGAAUCUGCAGGUCUCGGGUACAGAGUUCGAGCUGAAGAGACAGAUGAAAAGCUUGGUUCUAUCCCACUUCGCCAGCUAGUGUAUAGAGUUCAUGCAUUACCGCCAAGCAUAAUCCCACUUGUGUGGGACUUCGGACAGUUGAAUGACCACACAGAGAAGAUGUACAUUCAGCAAAUUGUGCAAAGAGUGGUUGAAAACAAACCAGUUGAUAAAAAUUAUGUAAAUCAGAUCACCGAUGUCCUCUCUGGGUCACAGAAAUAUAUGCGGACAAGGAAGGAUGAAUGCAGCUUCGUCAGCCUCAGAGAUGUGGAACGCUGCAUGCAGGUCUUUCUGUGGUUCUUUGACAACCACACUACAUUUUUUGCAGAGCUUAGAGAAUUUGAGAAAAAACAAAAUGCUGAAAGGAAUGAAAGUCUUCAGAAAGAGCCAGAGGUCAGAGAUCCUGUGCUAUGGUCUGUAGUUAUGGCCACGGCAGUAUGCUACCAUGCCAGCCUUGAAAAUAAGGAUGACUACAGACAACAAAUCUCUAAAAGCCUGUCACCAGCAUACAACCCAGGAAAAGUAAAGCAGGAAAUAUCACUCAUGCAGGAUUUAUUUCUCAGUGGGGUGCCCAUAGCACAUACAAUUGCAAGAAACAACGCCCUCAAAGAGAACGUCUUCAUGAUGGUUCUCUGUAUUGAGCUAAGAAUCCCUCUCUUCUUAGUUGGGAAACCAGGAAGUUCAAAAUCUCUGUCUAAAACCUUAGUGGCUGAUGCCAUGCAGGGUCAGUCUGCGCAUUCUGACCUUUACAAAAGGCUUAAACAGAUCCAUUUGGUGUCGUUCCAGUGUAGUCCUCACUCAACUCCAGAGGGCAUCAUCAACACAUUCAAACAGUGUGGGCGUUUCCAGGAAGGAAAGAACCUGAAAGAAUACAUUUCAGUUGUGGUCCUUGAUGAGAUUGGUCUGGCUGAGGACUCCCCAAAGAUGCCACUGAAAACUCUUCACCCACUGCUUGAAGAAGGGUGUAUCGAUGAUGAUCCCCAACCACACAAAAAGGUUGGAUUCAUUGGCAUCUCCAACUGGGCUUUAGACCCGGCAAAAAUGAACCGAGGGAUUUUUGUUUCCCGUGGUGAUCCUGAUGAGAGGGAACUUAUUGAGAGUGCUAAAGGCAUAUGCUCAUCUGACGAAGUGGUUUUGCGGAAGGUCAAGGCAUUCUUUGAACCCUUUGCAAGAGCCUACGUGGAUAUCUGCAACAAAGAAGGCAAUGGUUUUUUUGGAUUGCGUGAUUUUUACAGCCUGAUUAAGAUGAUUUUUGCCGUGGCCAAGGUUUCUCAGAGGAAACCCACAGCAGAGGAAAUCGUAAAGGCAGUGUUAAGGAAUUUCAGUGGUAGAGAUGAUGUGGAUGCAGUUACUGUCUUAACGGAAGGACUUCAGAUUGUACCAAAUCUGGAGAGCAUCAGAACCACUGACUUUGUGAGAGAAAACAUUCAGGCAGUUGGACAAGAGGAAGAAUGCCGGUACUUGCUGAUCCUGACAAAAAACUACGCAGCUCUACAAAUUCUCCAGCAAACUUUCUUUUCAGAAAGUUGUCAACCGGAAAUUAUUUUUGGCUCUAGCUUCUUGAAAGACCAGGAGUACACCCAAAUCUGCCGCAACAUCAAUAGAGUGAAGAUCUGCAUGGAGACAGGUCAGACUGUUGUGCUUGUGAACCUGCAGAACCUUUAUGAAAGUCUCUACGAUGCUCUGAACCAGUACUAUGUCUACUUGGGUGGGCAGAAGUAUGUGGACCUUGGACUGGGAACCCACCGUGUCAAAUGUAGGGUCCAUGAGGAAUUCCGGCUUGUUGUUAUAGAAGAAAGAGAGGUGGUCUACAAACAGUUCCCUAUACCUCUCAUCAACAGGCUGGAGAAACACUACCUGGAUAUCUUCACUGUCCUCAAACCUGAGCAGAAAAGAACUGUGACUGAAUUGCAGAAAUGGGUUGAAGACUUUGUGUCUCUAAACAGUCAGGAGUCAACAGACACUCAGACGUAUGAGUACCUACCAGCAGAUGUCUUCAUUGGCUACCACUUUGACACAUGUGCCUCUGUCGUUCUUCAAGUAACAGAAAACAAAAAGAACAGUGUGGAAAACUCAGACCCAGAGAAGAGAGUACUGGAUGAAGCUAAACUCAUGCUCCUGAAAUGCGCUACACCUGACUCAGUGGUGCGACUGAACUGCAGUGGCCUUCCGAAGGUGGAGAUUGAACAUCUGACCAGGGUUUACUUUGAAGACCUGAACAACAGCUGUUUGGUUGACUACAUACUUGCUCACACAAAGCAGGAGGUCCACUGCAGCUCAUCCUUCACAGAGGUAACAACAUUCUCGAGACUUUUGACAGCAUCUGACUUAAAGCCUCUAGAGCAGGUGUUGCCAAGUGUUGGACUUCUGUCAUUGCAGCAGUUUGACACAGAACAGUCGUUCCUGAAGAAAAUCAGGAACUUCCUCACAACUGAAAAUGGAAACAGCAAAACCGGAGCCGAUGUCAAAGCCCUCAUCAUUCAGUAUGAUUUCGAUGAAGCUUCUCAGAGUGCCAAUCUUAUUGCAUCUGCAAAAUAUUCAUCCAUAAACGAAAUCAACAAGAUAACUCAGGAGAACACAGGAAGCAAAGUGUUUGUGUACUUCAUCACCAGACUGCCAAGAAUGGGAGGAGGGACUUCCUAUGUUGGCUUUCAAGGAGGCCUGUGGAGAUCAGUUCACAUCGAUGACCUCAGACGAUCAAAAGAUAUUGUUUCAGACAUCAAAACCCUUCAAAACAUGACAAUCAGUCAAAUGUUUGAAACAAAGAUUGCUCAGCCAGAAGCUAUGGAGGUGGAUGAUGACUCUUACACAGGGAGUGAGGAAAAUGCCUUGGCUCAUGUUGUGGACACAACAGAGCUUGUGCGAAGUUGCGUCCAGAACGCUGUGGGAAUGUUGAAGGAUCAGGUGGAAGGUGGAAUCCGCAGCACACAGAGAGUUCAGAUCCUCCUGACGCUCCUCAGUAACGACGACGCCAUUAAAGGAGAAUUUCUGCAAACUGUGAAGAAGCGUCUUCAUUCCUUGUUGGUCAUUCACGAUAGCAAAAAAGAAAAUUGGGUGAUGAAAGAGGCUUCCGACAUUGAUGCCUUGCAAAAAGGAGGCACCUUCAGAAACACGUUGUGGAAGCAUGUUCAGGCUGCCGUCGUCCCUGUCUUGGCUCAGCUGGUCUCAGUCAUUGACCGUGACCAAAACUUGGACAUCUUACUGAAUGAAAACUGUGGUGAAUCUUUCAAGAGACUGUGGUUGGACAUCUUUGGGAAUGAGAACCUGCUGGAAAUCCCACAGCUAACAUUUGACCACAGCUCAGAGACAGGAACUAUUCCAGUCCAGAACUACGUCACCCUAAAGGGGAGUUUUGGAUGCCGCCUUCCUUUCAGUUGGAGGAUCAAGGACCACCUGGAAGACCUCUGGGUCAAUGCUCCUCAAUGUGGAGAACAAACUCAUUAUGAGCUGGAGGAGCUCUUUUGGACAACGCCUCUGGGGCGACACAUUCAGAAUGCAGACCGGGACAUGCAGACAGAGUUUUUUCAGUGCUACCUACAGGAUUUCAUCACCAUGACCAUGAAUGUGACACGUGAACAAGAUCUGCAGCUUCUCCACGAUGCCAUGAACUGUUGUGUUCAUGAGCUGAAGUUCAAGCUCGGUGUCAGAGACGCAGUGACCUCUCUUCUCUGGGUCCAUGCUGCUUACCAUGAGUUCAAGAACCGGUUACAGAAUCUUUCCAGGAUGAUGUGCAUUGAGCCCCAGCUGACCCACGACCUUCAGAAAGAUUCCAGCGCUAGCAAUGGGUUUGAACUGGUAAUCGAUGUGUUUGCUGCUUUGGCAUGUGUAGAGUACCUGGAGCCCGGAGACCUGGACACAGAUGCCCAAAGAAGGAUGUGGCUCAGGCGGGUCAAGAGACUCCAGGUUCCCAUCGAGUUGAUCUGCUCCGAUGAAAGCACGAGACAUUAUGGAGAAAAAAGCAAAGUGCUGGUCCACAGGGUUCGAGGUGGAUGGAAUCGGAUAUUUUCUCUGUCUCUGUUUGUGGAACACAUGCUGUUGGACAUCGAAGAGAUAAACGGGGAGCUGACACCUCUGUUUUUACAGCAGACAAAGAAGCUUGGAAAGGUCCUGGAAAGGAAUUCAGAUCUCAAAUCUCAGGAGACGUUUGAGGCUGUAGUUGAUUUACUCAGAACCUGCAAAGAUGGAGCUGUCGGACACCUCUUCAGGUUUGAUUACCUGUGCCACAUAUGCUCUGAAGAUCCUCAGGAUCCAAUCCGUCUGCCAUGUGACCACAUCUACUGCAUGGCUUGUAUCAAACGGUGGCUGAUCCCAGGUCAGAUGUACUGUCCUUUUUGCAAGACUUCAGUUGAUGAAGAUUUCCGUUUGGUUCCAUGUGAAGACACGAGGACCAGAAUAAACCAGCACAUUCAGCUCAGGAAGCGGCGUAAUGCUUUCUUCAUAGAUUUGGUGUCUACUGUUUGCUUCAAGGACAACACUCCUCCUUGUCCGGCUGUCGUUCGUCAGUUGCUGUCGUUUCUCAUGGUAGAGACAAGCCCUUCAGGUAGGACUCUAAUCCCAACCCUGCGUAAAAACCAACAGACUCGUACCAAGGAGCUGUCUCCAUUCGAUGACUCUCUGGAUAAGAAUCCCGUGGUUCGUUCAGUAUUGGUCAAACUCCUGCUGAAGUACAGCUUUGAUGAUGUCAAGGAUUACCUGCAGCAACAUCUGACAGAAAUAGAGCAGAGCCGGAUCCUGGACAAAACCGACAAAACGGAACUUUACUGCUUGUACAUCAACUGCUUGGAGGAUUCCAUGUUUGAGAGCUCGCAUUUGAGGUCCGUCACAGAUGAACAGGAGUGUUUGCAGGAUGAAAGUGCCUUCCUGAGUGGGCUGGUGCGUUCCAACGGCCCCACUCCUGAAACAGUCACUGUGGAAUAUCUGCAGGAUCUGGCCCGAGUCCGCAUCCACCUGGACCUGACAGCCAGACUAUUCACAACAGAAACCACCUCCACAGGACUUCAACAUGGGGGUCAACGUGGAACCACUGCCUUCCUCAACAGUGUGGUGAACCUGUGUAAGGACAGUGGGAAUAACUGGUAUCGGACAUAUUUGAUCCGUAAAAUCGCCAGUCAACACGGACUGGAGUUUGUUCUAAAACUCCUCAAAGACCAACAGAUGAGCUGGCUCUUCCCUGAAGAACUUCUGCAAAAGAAUGUAGAAGAUUCACCAAUAGACACAUUUCUAGUGUGUGGGAAAGACUACGAAGCAAUAAGAAACGCAGUCGGCAAAGUGUCUUCAACAGAAACUGUUGAAGCACUGGACCACACCUGUCAGAAGCGCAGAUGUUCUCCACAGCAGAAGACAGUUUAUCUACUGUUAGCACUUUACAGGGAAGUCACCACUUUGUACAGAGAAGCCAGUGCAACCUUCCAUCCCACUCCUGAGCGUUUGGAAGUCUGGGUGACCUACAUCCAGACCUCCAUGCACCUGCCCAGCCCAGAGGUGAAGGCCUUCGGCCGGGCGUUAGUGAAGAACGACCUUGGGCCGUUUGCCGUCCGUCCUGGUUUUCAGCGAGUGUUGGUUGAGUUGGUUGUUCACUUGGCUGCAGUCUUACUCUGUGGGGAACACACCAUCUUAGCCCCCCUGCGAAGGCUGGCCACGGCACCGGCCGAUAUGAAGGUGGCGUACUUACCCACUAUGCCAGAGAUGUUGGCAGAGGUUCAUCAACUUGUACAGGCUACCAAGUGGUACUAUUGCAAAAAUGGUCACCCAUGUGCAGUUGGUAAUUGUGGCAGCCCCACAGAAGGGGGUAAAUGCUUUGACUGUGGUGAAAAGAUUGGAAGUUCUGCAAAAGAAUUUAAGUAUUUGGAUUUGAAGAAUAACCUGACUGAGACGGGACACAUCCUCGGUGAUCCCGUUUGCAGGAACAAUCCGGACAUGCAGGACACAAAAGGCCUGUCCUCCGUUCCCUUCACCGUCAUCCGGAUGUUCACCCACAUGGCCAUGAUGGUCGGCGUCCGCAACGGCACACAGUCGAUCUCCGCCAUCAUUAAGCCUCCGGUCCCUGAACCAGCAGAAUUUCUUUUUGCUCACCUUCAGAAAGAUGAGGACCAUGUGAUCAAAUACCUGGGAAAGGGGAAGGAUGACACUGACAGCAUCAUUCACCUGCUCAUCAGCAGCCUCCUGGAACCAGGUACUGGAACAGACCACCAACAAAGACUCAUGACACAUUAUUAACCCUGCGCUGGUGAUGAACUGCUGUCGACCAAAGACGCCAGAAACGAAUGGGAAAAAGAAAUGAGCAGCAGAAUCACACCUCAAUUACAGAACUUGGGGGAAAAGCUGAAGGAAGUGAAUCUUCUGCUCCUGAGUGACUCCCGUGUUUCCGCGUUUAAGAUCAAGAAGCUUCUGUUCGAGGAUCCUCGGCUUCACUUCGCCUCAUUAUUUCCACAGCAGUCACUCAUCCAUAACUCCACGGUGUGGAGCUGCAGGGACAGAGUGUGUCCUCUGAGUCUCACCCACAUCGUAGAGCAGAACAACGGCAGAAACACCGUACCUUUACUCUGGAAGUUCCUGCACAAGGAAACAGAGCUCCGACUGGUGAAGCACCUUCCUGAUAUCCUCACACUCCAGAAAAACCUGGUCAGGAGGUUUCACAACAGCCCUGAGAUGAUCUGUGGCACCAUCGCUGAAUUCCUGGACAGUCAGAAGGCGGAUACUGAAGUGUCACUGGGAUCCUGGUACCAUGAACAUGUCCGGACCUUCCUGACCACCUGGAAUCAGCUCCGAGUGUCUUUGCAGACCAACGGUGCCAUUAAGAUCCCGCCGGAGUUCUGUCAGAAGGACCUGGACCUGGACAGUGGCUUGGCGGUGCUGUUACCGCGCCGACAGGGCCUGGGCCUCUGCUCCACGGCCCUCGUCAGCUACCUCAUCGGCCUGCACAAUGACCUGGUUUACUGUGCAGAUAAACAGACAGGAGAGGAGACCAGUUACAAAGUGAGUGCUGCUGAUCUGGUGGACCUCCACGUGAUCCGGUACGAGGUGGACAGAGACCUGAUGCCCCUGAUUCUGUCCAACACCCAGUACAGCAUUGAAAAUGGAAAGGAAACCCAGCCCGAGUACGACCUGCCUAAAAUCCAGCAGAAAAUCCUGUCCCACUUCCUGCUGGGAAAACCUCUCAUUUCUUCAAAUGGCAUUCCAACACUCAUCAUCAGGCAGCAACGCAACUAUAAGAUGGUUCUGAAGGAUGUAAAAGCAGCCGUUAAACAGGAGCCUCUUCCCACUCGAAGCCUGUGGGCUGUGGAGGUGGAGCUGCAGUCCUACAGUGAGGUCUGUGACGCCCUGUCCACCGUGGAGACGGCGCUGGACUUCCUCGCCGCGACAGACAGAGGUCCAGAUACGCCGCUGUCCAGCUACCUGGAGGAGGAGCUGCAGAUGGGGAAGCAGACGGCGGCACACGUCCUCACGGCUCUGAGUCCAUGCUCUCUGAAACACUGUGUGGCGCUGUGGCAGCUCCUGGCUUCACUCAAAUCAGAAAACAUGCUGAAACUGAACAGAGAUCCGUUCUUUGACGUGUCGGAUUCGUACAAACAGGCCCUGGGCGAAGACGAUCCCCGGCGGCUGACUGACUUCCUGUCCAAGGGCAGCGUCGACACUUUCCUGAUGGAGAUGCAUGAGUUCCUCGUCCUGGAGCUGAAGAAGCCCGAAGCGGCUGAAACCUACAGGCCUGACUGGAGCAUCAAAGAGACUCUGGUGGACUACAUAGAGAACAGUUCGGAGGACGUGAGGAAGAACUUCCCCGACGAAAUCGCGAUGUUCCGGUUCGUGGAAACCUGGAAGUUCGUGGUGGCCUUCAAGCAGCAGCAGCGUCGCACUCAGAGGCUGUAACGGCGCCCUCUGCUGGUCAAACAAUACACUGCCUCAGUUCAAGGUUUACACUCACCACCAACCAACAAGUCACAUGACUCAGAGGAUUCAACGAUCACCACUGGGGAAAAUAGGAAUCUGUUUGUUGGGUUCUAUUUUGUAUUUUCUUUGUCUUUCUGCUGAUUUUUUUUUUUUAAGUAUUUGUUGCUUUUCGCUGUGAGAUGGAAUGAGUUACAAACAAAACAUCCCAUCCAGCAUGUUCAUGUGGGCCCCAGAAGGGUUCCAUUUGGGCUGCACAUAAGGGUACCAUGUGGGUUUGUCCACAGUUUCCAUGGUGACCCCCCAUGUGUUUGACCAGAUCAGAAUCAGAAUCUCUUGAUCAUCAUUGUCCCAAGUAGAAUUAAACUGAGGUAAAGCUGAGGUUCAGAGCAAGAAUUUACAGACAGACAACACAUAUCAGUAAAACAACAACAAAUAUCAGUAAAACAACAACAAAUUUCAGUAAAACAACAACACAUAUAAGCAAAGGGACAGUUAUUUACAUUGAAAAAUAAAAAGUAUUGCAAACUAAGGUAUUUGUAAAACAUUGAAGUUAAGUAGUGCAAAAUAACAUGAGAAGUAGUGCAAAGGACUACUGUUACUACUACUACUGCUACUACUACUGCUCGAUAUAUUACUACUACUACUACUACAUAUAUUACUAUU